AUGGUUUUCACGCAGCUGAGUUUAGAUGAUUUUUCGGGUAUGAGAUGCACGCGCAACAUGAAUCCUAUAGAUUAUAUGCUUGCUGUAUCUGAAGUCUCUUGCUUAAAAUCUAAGUAUGGUGAAGAAGAUAACUUAAUCGCCGAGCAAGACAAAGAAUUUCGUUAUAAGAAAGAAGAAAGGAACGCUCAGAAUAUACAGUCCAUCUUAUCAUCAUACUCACAAGUUCUUGAUCGUCGUCAACAAAAACAUUCCGUUCUUGAUUGCUUCGUCCCAAAGGGGAAACUAUCAAAACCAAACAGGCAGCCAAGAAAGUUUACUGAACGAUUCGAUGGUGAAGUUGAACCGAUGAUCAAGAAAGCUGUGGAAAAUAAUUCUGAAGAAGACCAAGAACAGAGAGUAGUAAAGGUUGACGAUGAGGAAAAAAACAGAGUAGAACUAAUUGGGGUAAAGAAGAGGAAAAUUAAUCAUACAGUUGAAGCCGUCGCGCCACCUGUUGUAAUCCUCAACAGAGAAUUGAGUAUUGAAUUCAAGAAUCAAAUUACGUUCAUUGGGGGUUCAGUUGAAUCAGCUAAAUUGGUUAUUGAAAAGAUACUAUUCGAUACGGAUGUUAAUCCAGCCGAAGGAAGGCUUUCAAUCCCACAAAAGCAGAUGAGUAAUAGGUUUCUAAAUACUGGAGAAGAACAACUUUUGAAUACGCGCAAUGGAGCUAAAAUGUCUGAGAUGAAUGUGUCAUUAAUUGAGCCUUCGCGUCAAGUAGUUCAAAUCAAUCUGAGAAAAUGGACUAUGAAUAAAAAUAAUGGAAAAACAAGUUCAAGUUAUGUUUUAGUAAAACACUGGAAUGAUGUGACAAAAAGGAACGGUUUGAAAAGCGGUAUGAAGAUGCAAUUGUGGGCAUUCCGAAAGGAUGAAAAUUUAUGUUUUGCAUUGGUUAAAGUUUAA